CGAUGGUGCUGGGAAGGGGCGCCUCCAUUUCGGCAUUUCUCAGGCAGAAGAGUAUCUGCGAAAUGGCAACUGCUCAGAAGCAAAGGAAUUCUGUGAGUGCAGUUGUAUUUCCUAACAAAAUAUCGACUGAGCAGCAAUCCCUGAUGCUAGUGAAGAGGCUCCUGGCAGUAGCAGUAUCCUGCAUUACAUACCUGAGAGGAAUAUUUCCUGAAAGUGCCUAUGGAACCAGAUACAUGGAUGGUAACAGGCUGUUUUCUUCGGUGGUAGGGGAAACUCAAGUGGCGCGGAGCGCGUCUCACCUUACCCUCACACACCAAGCCUUAGCGAGGGCGGUGGUGUGGCAGCCUGUGGAAGCUGGCAAGGCAAAGCUCCCUGGUUUUUGUGUGAAGGGGGUGUGCUACCUGCUUGGCGUGUUCAGGAUGUUAGGAUGCUAUGAUGCCUUGCAGAAGAAAUAUCUGAGAAUGAUUGUCCUAGCAGUCUAUACCCAUCCAGAAGAUCCUCAGACGAUUACAGAAUGCUACCACUUCAAAUUCAAGUACACCCACAACGGGCCACUCCUGGAUUUCAGCAGUAAGGACAAAAGGAAUGAUUCCACAAUUACCUGUGCAGACACCAAGAAAGCAAGUAUCCUCCUCAUUCGCAAGAUUUAUGUUCUGAUGCAAAACCUGAGUCCAUUACCAAAUGAUGUUUGCCUGACUAUGAAGCUGUUUUAUUACGAUGAAGUUACACCAUCUGACUACCAGCCCCCUGGUUUUAAGGAGGGCGAAUGUGAGGGGAUGAUAUUUGAGGGGGAGCCUCUGUCUCUUAAUGUGGGUGAAGUGCCAACGCCUUUUCAUAUGCUGAAAGUUAAAGUUACAACUGAAAAACAACGAAUGGAAAAUGUUGAUAAAAGCAUCCUAAAGCACGGAGAGACUAAUGUGCCCCUGCAGGUGCUCAGAGUGGACAGAGAUGAUCCAGAAGAGGAGAGCCAGGACAUGAAUGAAGAUCCUGUCCUGGAUAAUAAAGUGGAAUAUAGGGAUAAUACAAACAUUUCAGAAGCUCAAGAACCAAAUUUAACUCGUGAAGAGGAUGAAGUCACGAAGGCUGGAGGGGACCAGAAUCUGUGUGGUUCUAAUCCUCAGGUUGAUCAUUUGGCAAGUAAGACAUCUGAGCUUAACAUGUCAGAGAGCAGGACGAGAAGUGGAAAGAUAUUUCAAACCAGCACUGUUCAUCACUUCGAACUCUCCUCUAGUCAAGACAUGCUGCCAAAAAGGAGAAAGAUCAGUGAACCGAAGGAGCAGUUUUAGUUCCUCCUGCCGUGCUCCUGGUGCCGGGUGUUGGGGGGAGUUCCCCGCACCGCUUCCGUGUUGUUGUUUAACGUCAAUGUUCAUGUUUAAAAGCCUUGUAGGGCUCUUACCUGUUCUAUUUGUUGUCAAAAUGCAGCGUGUUUCAAGGGAAGAAAAAAGAAGCCCAGCUUCAGAACUUAGUUUAUAGGAGGUCAUACCCUGUCGGGAGGGACGGACGGUACCCGGCUGCUGACGUAACCCAGGAGAUUUCUGUAACGAAGGUGAUUUGGGGGAUUUGGCUCCGUGUUUAAAUCCUGGGGGGGACUGUGAUGUUCAUUACCCCCGACACGAGGUUUCACCGGGAGCUUUGGGCUGCGUUUCCUGGCUCCCUGCCCUGCCGGGGGGGGCACCAGCCCCCUCCAGCCGGGGGCUGACCGGAGCUUUGCGGAGCUGGCUCAGGAGGCAGGCGCAGCGGCGGUGCGGUUUUUUUGCUUUUGCUGCUGGGAUGGGGGGGCCUGGUUCUCUGCGUCUUGCAGGCUGAAGGCACCAGGCUGAAGUGAAACCCAAGCCUUCCUCACACCCAAACGCAGGAGGCCCGGCGCGUCUGCGGCCGGCACCCUGCGUGACGGCGUGGGAUGCGCUCAGCCCGUGCGGACGUGGGCAGGGUUCCUUGCAGACGCUGGGCGCGGCGCCGGUGCUUUCCCUGGCAAAAUCCUUGUUCCUCUGCGGCCGGGGGGGAGGCUCAACCUUUCGUCUGUGACUUUUACAGUGAUGCCUUUGCCUCGUUCCUCAAGUAAAACAUCGUUAAAAAUAA